GAAAAUGUGUGUGGGUUACUUUCAUCGACUUGCAGCUCAGGAUAGAUAGCAGCUAUCGUCGAUAAUUCCUCUUGGCGGAUAUCUUCCUCCGCCAUUUUGCCUCAAGGUUAUCGAGUCGCAUGGAAGCGUGUCUGACUAUAUUGAUUCUGUGUGGGCAUCUCUAUGUACCUGCGGCGAUAGUGCAGCUUGCUGACGAUGUAAAUAGGCGACGAAGUGUUGUAGGUCUAUCGCAUGUUCUCUUUUUGCGACUGACUGGGCUGAAUAUAUCCAGGGUUCGUAUAAUCCCACCAACUCACCAGAUGAAAUAUGUAGGUACAAAACGUGAGACGGCUGUCUUGGUUCGAGAGUUUCCUAGGUAUAUCGGUUUGAAAUCAAGGUCGUCCCGGAGAUAGAUUAAAGAGUUAAAGCCGCGUUAAAAUGAAUAAUAAAAGGCAAGUUAAAUUUAUCGUGGAUUAAGAAUCGCAUGUGGCAAUGAGUCUGACGGCGAAAGAAAUGGUGGGGCAUA